AUGGCUAUCAGUAGAGCUCGCAUGUGCACUAACAGGCUUCAGAAUUCGAUUCGACUGCAGCGCAGGGAAAUUGCUGGCUUCUUGCGGGAGGGAAGAGAAGAAGGUGCAAGGCUAAAGGCGGAACACUUGUUACGCGAGUACAGGCUAGAGAGGGCAAUGGAGAUCCUUGUGACUGUCUGCGAGCUGCUUAUUUCAAGACUAAGCUAUUUGGCAACAGAGAGAAUCUGUCCUCCUGAUUUGCUUUCCCCGAUUCAUAGCCUUCUGUACUGUAUCGACGAAUUAGCGGCCGUCAGGAAACAGUUUGCAGUGAAGUAUGGGGAGGCCCUCGUGGAGGCCGCCGUGAAGAAUGCAAAGCAAGAAGUACACUUCAAACUCGUGCAUGCCUUGUCACUUGCGCCACCACUGGAGUUCGAUCUUCAGCAGCUGCUCUGUGGAAUUGCCAAGGAGUACCUUAUUUCUGACUGGAAACCCAGUAUAGCCCUGGAUGCGAGUCCGGCGUGCGAUUUCAUCCCCCGGCCGUCAAUGGAGUCGAACCACUCUAGGGCCCAUCCAAAUAGCCCUCCUUCUUUCCCAGAGGUCCAGCGGCAGCGGCAGUUGCCAUGCCGCAAACAUGGGCAGCAAGGCACUGAUUCCCUCGUUGCUGGCAGGCUUGCCACUCGCCAGGUACCGGGGCCACCCUCGUCAGUUGAGGCUCCCGUCCGCGUUCCUGGCCGCCGUUCUAAUGGGGAUCCAAAGCCCUCCCCCACUGGAGCCAAUGCCCACCAGCAACUUGUGGGAGAAGCUCCAACAUGCCAGGCACACGCCCUGCAGUCAGCUGCACUGCACGAAGAAGAGAUGGGCUUUCCUUCACUACACCCACCCCCUCAUGCGAAACCAACAUACUCGGGUGGAGCUGCUUCUGAGAGCGUGCUUCUGCACAAGAUUGAAUAUAAAACCACACCAGAGCAAGACGAGUGCAUCCUCGACAUUGACAGGCAUUGCAGCGACGCUCGGCUACAGGAAGAUUGCGUGACGCCACUUCAGCAGGAAAUACCUCUUGGCUCGUGGCCAUAUCCAAUAAGUGCAGUACGGCCUGCACCCAGUAGCGCUCAGCUAGCGUGGCAACAAAGAAACAUAGCUGAAGGCCAAGUCACAGGUCCUGUUACCCAUGACUGCACGGGAACAUCCAAGGUCAGCUUAUCACUACCGAACCCUUCCGACUCAGAUGCGGUGCUACUAAAAAACGGCUUCUCUUGCAUCCCGAUACCCGUUGCUGCAAUGCCUGCAUUUUUUCCAGUGUAA